GACGCGUUGUGGAUGCUGGAGAGAAAGGCUCGGAACGUCGGCGGGAAAGAGGAGUCCUCGUUCCUUCGCGAUAAACCGAACGCGACGAAAGUUGGCGAAUCGACGGAUCUCGGAUACAACGUGGAUCAACACUACCACAGAUCGGAGUCGUACGUGGACGUGAUCGAGCCCCGAUACGUCUGUCUGGAUUGCGGGAAGAAGUACAAGUGGCAGGACAGCCUGAGGAGGCACCAGAGAGUCGAUUGCGGGAACAAAGAGAAGAAAUUCUCGUGUCACCUGUGCGACAGGAGGUUCAAGUACAGAUACGAGCUGCGAAAUCAUCUUACCGCUUACCACGACCUGUGA